AUGGCCGGAAGGAGAAAGAAAAAGUCGAAACUCUUACCUGAAGCGAUCAAAGAUGACAAAAUAGCUGCAAAAAAUGGACAGUCAGAUGAUCAAUGCCCGAUGCUUCAGCUUCCGACUGAGAUUUUGGAACUGAUUCUUUCUCAGUUAUCCUUGAGAGAUAAUAUCCGUGCUUCUGCUGUUUGCAAAAGAUGGCGUGCCGCUGCAACCUCGGUCCAAGUGGCUGAUAAACCUCCGUGGAUUAUGUUUUUCCCGAAAUUCGGUGACCUAUAUGAAUUCUAUGAUCCUUCUCAGCGCAAAUCAUAUUGGCUUGAUUUGCCAGAGCUAAAUGGCUGUAGGAUUUGUUAUGCCAAGGAUGGUUGGUUGCUUUUUUACAAGCCUCGGACUAAACGGAUAUUCUUUUUUUGUCCGUAUACUCAAGAGUCGGUCAAAUUGCCUAGACUAGAACUGACGUACCAAGUAGUUGCCUUUUCUGCUGCCCCAACAUCUUCCAGCUGUAUUGCAUUUACAGUUAAGCACACCAGCCCUACAGUUGUUGCGAUUAGCACGUGUCGUCCUGGGGAAACUGAAUGGACUACCAUCAAUUACCAAAGCCGUCUGCCAUUUGUCAGCAGCAUUUGGAAUAAGCUGGUUUUCUGCAAUGGUCGUUUUUAUUGUUUGAGUGUAACGGGAUGGUUGGGAGUUUACGACCCUGACAACAGUACUUGGAGUAUUUAUUCUGUGCCUCCGCCCAGAUGCUUUUUCGUCAAGAAUUGGUGGAAAGGGAAAUUUAUGACAGAACAUAAUGGAGAUAUUUUUGUUAUAUAUACAUGCUCGGUUGUAAACCCAGUGACAUAUAAGUUAGAUCAAGUGAAUAAAGUGUGGGUCGAGAUGGAAAAUUUAGGAAGCAUGACUCUUUUUGCAAAUUUCUUGUCGUCAUAUGCAAAGUCGGAUCUUCUUGGAAUGAUGAGAAACAACAUUUUUUUCUCUAAAGUUCGAUUUUAUGGAAAAAGGUGCGUGUCAUACUCUCUGGCCAGUGGUAGAUACUAUCCCCGCAAGCAGAGUUAUGAUUGGGGAGAACAAGAUCCUUUUGAGAGUAUUUGGAUCGAACCCCCUGAAGACCUCUCGAUAUUUCUUUAA